UCAGUCGCACGCCCAUGUACCACGCACACCAAAUGUAUCAGCUUUUACUUGACUGGGCCAUCGCUCUACCAGAUGAGGUCAAGAGAACCGACACAUGCCCGCACCAUGUGUUAGUGUUACAUAUCUGGUACCAUACGUCAAUUAUAGAUGUUUGGCGACCCUUCCUAGAGAGGCACCAAGAUGAAGAUGCGGCACAGAGUUCAACUGCCAUUGCUGCGCAUAUGGCAUCGGUGCAGCAGCUGAAACGCAUCAUUUACAUGUACCGUACACGAUUUGAGUCAACAAACUCAACCAUGAUUAUGACACCCGGGUUUCUCACUUUGAUCAAUGAGGUUUAUCGCCACCCUGAGGCACCAGAUGCGCAAUUCUGGUUCAUUCUCUCAGCUCGUGGUUGUCUGUCCGUUGCAUCAUGGUGCAAAGGCCUACGCGGCAUUACAGAAGGUCUCAUGGCCAUUGGUUGGCAGAAUGGAACUUUCAGACGUCAAGGUUGGGCAGGGAACAGCAUGAUCGAGGAUGUUCGCGCUGCGACAAGAGCUCUAGUGCAAGACGGCGCUUACAGUAGUCUGUAUCCCAUAAACCUGGAUUCAGUUAGUGAGGAUAUGGAAGACAUCGGGAUGGAAGCUUUGGCAGGAGAGUUUCAGCGGUUAACAGCACAAAAUGAACCGCGUGGGCAAGAGGUGGAGAUGACAACCGAGCAACCCGUGUGGAAGGGAGAUCCUCGAGACUUGUCGAUGACGUUGAGCGAAGCAACUGAGGAAGAAGAGUACACGUAACAUAAUUACUAGAUAAUGGUUAAUUGAAUACACGAAUAAUGACCAAGAGUCGGUGCGCUAGACAUGGAUAACAUUCAUGGC